UGCAUAAAGCAGUACACAAAUUCAUAUACGAGAUACCUUUCUAUUCGUAGAGCUUCGUGCCGUCAAACACAAACCGUGUUCUGUGAACAACUUCACAUAUGUAACCUUAUUCGAAGAGAAUAUCUGGGAAAUACAUUUAAUAAUACGGAAUUGCCAAAAUUUAUUCCGGUUUAUUAACGACUGUUACAAUGAGUUCUGGAUUCAUAUCAGAAGCUGAAAUAACUGAAUUACGGAAAGCACGACAAGAGGAAUGGGAUCGUGUAAGAUCAGCGGAUCAACCGUUAGAGGCACCAGAAGAGCCUUACGAUCCAAGAUCGUUGUAUGAACGAUUACAGGAGCAAAAAGGCAAACGUGAUAUGGAAUAUGAAGAAGCGCACAAGCUCAAAAACAUGAUAAAAGGCCUUGAUGAUGAUGAAGUAGAAUUUCUAGACUUAGUUGACCGUACCAAACUUGAAGAAGAACGUAAAAAAAAUUUAGAAGAAGAAAAAGAAAUGAGGGAUUUUAAAGCAGCUGUUGCUUCGUUGCAUGAAAAAUCUUUAGAUGAAAGGCUUAAGCAGGAACUAAAGAAACCACAAACAACUAAUAAAAAUAUGUCUAGUGGAAGUGGAAGGAAUUCCCAGCUAAGGUUGUUGGCUGGAGCUGUUGUCAAAAGAACUGAAAAACAACCUAGUGGCAGUGAUGAUACGACAAAAGGAAGUAAAAGAAAACUAUCUGAAAUAGAAGAAAACGGUGAUGUUACAGUGCCAAAAUUGAAGGAAUGCUCCAUGCAUGCUGUACAGACUGCAGAAACUUCAGGCGAGAAAGUUAAUGAAACUAAAUUUGCUACAAAGACUCUUACAGAUGUUGAGGAAGUACUUGAAAAGGCGACUAAGAUGCCUGGAGGAAUGAAGUGCAUUGGAAUUUUGCCAGGUCUUGGUUCUUACCAACAUUCUAGCGACAGUGAGGCCAGUUCGGAUACAGAUGAAGAAAUUGAACAUACUAAGUACGAUCUUUUAGGCCGAAAAAUAGAGCCCGUUAAAACUGAAGAAAAAAGUUAAAGACUUUAUGAUGUCGAGCUUGUAAAAAUAACAUUCGUUCCCUGAUAAAGACGCACAGAAUGUGAUCAGGACUCAAGAAUAGCCACAGAUUCUUACCUGAUUAUCAAGUGCUCAGGCGUUCUGUGUGCUAAUUAAAUUUGACAUGGACAGAGUUUCAUUUUCAAUGAUUACUUAUGAGAUUAAUUAAAAUGAAUGCAAUCGUUAGAACCGUAAUUAUAUGUUCCAAAUUGUUAGCCAUAUCAUUUUUUACGAUUUUAUGUAUGAAAUAGUUGAGAAAUUGAAGUGCUUGAAUUGAGCUAAAAUUUUAUUAAAGAUCCAUUCAUAUCAGAAUAAAUCACGAAUCUUGACACCAUUGAGAAGUAUAAUGUAUGAUAUUAAGAAUCAAUCAAUUUUAUGAAACGUGCAUAUUUUAUAGGUACAAAAAAAAUACUUCAUUCCACACCAGAUCUAUAGUCUGUUUUCAAAUUAUUAAUGAACAAAGGAGGAAUUCAAUUAUUAACAAAUAUUAUCAAUGCAAAUUUGUGAUACACGUUUGCUUUACCAAAAGUUUUUGCUAUAAGUUAUGUACUUAGCACAUUACACUGCAGUGUAUAACAUGAAACGAAAUAGCGUACCUUUCGAUCGGGGUGUAAGCUAGGCUUAAUUAACUAGAAGUAUCUGUAAUGUAUCAUAAUUUUGUUUCUCAAUUCAUAAUUGAAGUAUUUUUUCAGUUGAUAAAAUAUCUCGAUGGCAGAAGACACCAAAAAAUAUACAUUAUAUUAUACACAUAUUGAAUAGUUUUCUUCAAAGUUUCUAACAUACUUUGAAUUGUACCACACGAGAUACUUGGGAAUAUGUUUGAAUUAUAUUACAAGUUACACAUUUUAAAAAAAAAUUUGUUCUUACAAUUCGUAAUAAACUUCAAAUCCACAUAGCGGCACAGGCGAAAAAAAUAAACAAUAAAUAAAGCAAA